UCGAAGCGUAAGGUUGGCGGCCCACAGAGACACCGAGACACAAGGCAGACAAACUCGAGCGGAGUCAUAGAGACAGCGAGCGAGGAGCAGCAGCAGCAGCAGCUACCACGGCUGAGUUCACAGCAUUUUCAGAGCUACACAAAACGCGGACAAACAAAACUGCGGUGGCCUGCAACAUGGAAACCUAUUUGACCGAGAUCAAACAGUUGCGCAUACCACGCCCGAAAUUCGAGCCCAAUAGCUGCCACCAGCAGCACCAACAUGCAACCGCGACGGCUGUGACGCCGCCCCCUCAUCAUCAGGCACAUCAUCCGCACCACGCCCACGCCCACCAUCAGUGGCGACACUUUGUGCGCCCCUUUACGCCGCCACGCGAUUAUCAUUUGCCUGUAGUGGGUGGAGCCGUCGCCUGGUCCGCCGCGGACGACAGCGCCACGCACGACAAAAUGUAG